AACAUAUCAUGUGUGCUGGUGGAAAGUUGCAAGGAAUGUCGAAACUACAGCCUGGCUCAACCUAUGGAGAUCAAAAGAGACAUGGCAGUCGUUCCCUGUGCUCAGCAGGCCCUGGGCAAGGCAGAAAUGUAGAUGACAGCUGCUGUCUUUGAAGGACUCGCACCCAUCUGACCCUGCGCAGCGCCUCUGGUUGCUACCAUGAUCUUCUGCAUGCUACUGUUGGCCUCACUGCCUGAGCCAUCUGGUGCCGAAGUCAACCCUGCUAUCUGCCGUUACCCUUUGGGAAUGCACGAGGGGACGAUCCGAGAUGAGGACAUCACAGCUUCCAGCCAGUGGUACGACUCCACAGGACCCCAGUAUGCACGGUUACAAAGGGAAGAGGGGGACGGAGCCUGGUGCCCAGCCGGCUUGUUGGAACCAAAAGAUGUACAGUUCCUUCAAAUUGACCUGCACAAGCUCUUUUUCAUCACCCUGAUUGGGACCCAGGGCCGACAUGCCCGUGCCACCGGCAAGGAAUACGCCCGUGCCUACCGGAUUGACUACAGCCGCAACGGGGAGCGCUGGAUCUCCUGGAAGGAUCGUCAGGGCAGGAAGGUGAUCCAAGGCAACAUCGACACAUACGACGUGGUCUUGAAGGAUCUUCGGCCUCCCAUCAUCGCGCGCUUCAUCCGGGUGAUCCCAGUGACCGAGAUGCCCAUGACUGUCUGCAUGAGGGUGGAGCUCUAUGGCUGUGUCUGGUAUGAUGGUUUGGCAUCCUAUAGCAUCCCUGAAGGAGGGACAAUAGCGGCUCCUGGCUUCCCCAUCGUUUAUCUGAAUGACUCGACCUAUGAUGGAUACCAGGAGCGCAGGCACUUGUACGGGGGGCUGGGCCAGCUGACAGAUGGUGUGCUGGGGCUGGAUGACUUCACACAGAGCCACCAGUACCGUGUGUGGCCAGGCUAUGACUACGUUGGCUGGAAGAACGAGAGCUUCAGCACAGGCUUUGUUGAAAUGGAGUUCCAGUUCGACCGGCCGCGGAACUUCACCUCCAUGAAGGUGCAUUGCAACAACAUGUUUUCUAAGGGGGUGAAGAUCUUCCAGAAGGUGGAGUGUCUGUUCAAACCACGCCUGAUUGCAGACUGGGAGCCUGAACCUGUUGGGGUGGCAACUGUCUUAGAUGACAAGAACCCCAGCGCUCGGUUUGUGACCGUCCCGCUGCAGCAGCGCGUGGGGAAAGCCAUCCUGUGCCGCUUCCACUUCGCUGACACCUGGAUGAUGAUGAGUGAGAUUUCCUUCCAGUCAGACAUGGAGAGUGUGAAUCCUAACGUGGUUACGGCAGCCACCAGCACGACAGAUGUCUUGGAAACAGAGAGCAAUGCUACUGAGGGGACCUGGGAAACCACAUCUUCUGUAACCAGCACCUGGAUAGGAGAGAAAGCAGAUGACUCCAACACCUCCAUCCUUGUGGGCUGCCUUGUGGCUAUAAUUCUUCUGCUCCUGAUGAUCAUCAUCAUUAUUCUUUGGAAGCAAUAUGUUCAGAAAAGGUUGGAAAAGGCCCCACGGCGGAUCCUGGAGGAGGAUGCCACAGUUCGCCUUUCUUUCUACAGCUACACCAUUGCCAACAACCAGACCCAGAUCCACCAGUCAAAUCCCACCUAUGAACGUGCUUUCCCACUGGAUUUGGAAUAUCACCAGCCAGCUACACUGCUCCAAAAGCUUCCAGAGCUCUCCCAAAGUGCAGAGGACUCAGUCUGCAGUGGGGACUAUGCUGAGCCAGACCUGACCAAGUCUACUCCUCACCAAGGCUUCCAGAACAACGUUCCUCACUAUGCUGAAACAGACAUUGUCCACCUGCAAGGUGUGACUGGCAACAACAUGUAUGCAGUGCCAGCCCUCACAGUGGAUUCCCUUACCAAGAAGGACAUCUCAGUGGGUGAAUUCCCACGGCAGCAGCUACGGCUCAAGGAGAAGCUGGGAGAAGGACAGUUUGGAGAGGUGCACCUCUGUGAAGCUGAUGGCCUCCUGGAAUUCCUGGGAGUCUCAUCUACAGAAUUCACUCACCAGCCUGUUCUUGUAGCAGUGAAAAUGCUGAGAUCAGAUGUCAACAAAACAGCCAGAAAUGAUUUUCUGAAGGAGAUCAAGAUCAUGUCACGGCUGAAGAACCCAAAUAUCAUCCGGCUUCUGGGGGUGUGUGUGCGAGACGACCCCCUCUGCAUGAUAACAGAGUACAUGGAAAAUGGGGACCUCAACCAGUUCCUGUCACAGAGAGAGAUCUACAGCAAAUUUGCCAUUUCAAACAAUAUUCCCUGUGUCAGCUACUCCAACCUGCUGUACAUGGCCACCCAAAUUGCCUCUGGAAUGAAGUAUUUGGCAUCUCUGAAUUUUGUGCACAGAGACCUGGCAACUCGGAACUGCCUGGUGGGCAACAACUACACCAUCAAGAUUGCAGACUUUGGCAUGAGCAGGAACCUUUACAGUGGGGAUUACUACAGGAUCCAGGGAAGAGCUGUGCUGCCCAUACGUUGGAUGGCCUGGGAGAGCAUCCUCCUGGGCAAGUUCACCACAGCCAGUGAUGUCUGGGCCUUUGGGGUCACCCUCUGGGAGAUGUUCAUCCUGUGCAAGGAGCAGCCCUACAGCCUCCUCUCGGAUGAGCAGGUCAUCGAGAACACGGGAGAGUUCUUCCGGAGCCAGGGCAGGCAGCUGUCACGAUGCUUAGAAAGCCUCAUGGGUUGUCUACGAUCUAUCUCUCCCAGACUCCUCUGUGUCCUAACCCUGUGUUUGACCUGAUGCUGAAAUGUUGGAGCAGGGAUAUAAAGGAUCGUCCCACUUUUGACAUGAUUCAUCACUUCCUGCUUGAACAAAUGGAAUCAAACAUUUGACUCCAGAAAAAGAGACAAACUGUUGAGAACAGAGUGACUUUGGUGUCUCUGCCUGUACCUCACGGGAAGAUGGUCAGGCCACCUUGCUCUCCUCCCUUGACUGUUCCAUAUUUAAGUUGAGAUGUCCAUGGCAGCUGCUCAUUCUAUUGGCCAUGGUCUGACACACAGGACCAGAGGAUCUCAUUUGGUUGAAAAAUCAUCUCCUCUUCUGCAUCACUUCCUGGGAAUACUGUGAGAGGGGGUUUUAACAGAUACCCACACAGCUUUGGGCAAAAUGAAUGAGUUAAACUUGGAGGGACUUGGAGCUCUCUCCUGGGUGGGACAGAAGGCUCCUGGCGGGUGAGCGCGUUACCACUCAAGAACACAUUUCUAGGAGUAAAGACUUCAGUCUUUUUUAACUAUUCCAUUAAAUCAAAUGGAAGUCUUGUGCACAUGAGCAGGUGUUUCUGUAUGUUCUUGCUACAGACAAUGUGGAUAGUGAGGACUAGAAGUGUCUGGAGCUAGGGAAUGGUGUCAUGGACUUGAGGACUGACGGAGCUGGAUUUAGCAACCCUUUGGAAGUCGUGCUGCCAGGGUCUACAGAGGACACUGAUUCAGGAGUCCAAGAUCAUGUUCUUUUUUCCUGUGGUUGUUAAGCACUGCUUUUGUUGUAUAUGUGCAUUUUCCCCACACUGGAUUUUUUUUUUUUCUAGAAAAAAGAUGAAAAUGAAUGUUCAAGGUCUUGGGAAGGUCACUAGAGUAGAUCUUCUUCUGACCAGCAAAUUAAGGCUAGGGUAGGGAGUUUGUAUUGAAAAGUAGCUGAUACUGUACUACUGUCACUAUGUAGAUUUAUUAGCCUAAUGAACUUGUAGCCACAAUGGACUGAUGUGCAAUUAAUCCUGUAUAAUUACCCAUUAAUAUGAGGUCUCUAAGUCAAUGCUGUUACAUGUGCAGAGGGAACUUAGAGCAGAACCCACCGUGUCACUUGUCACAGCUCGUGUGAGAGGAGAAGGAGCAGAGUACGGGUCAUCCCUGGCACACACGUGCACCCUGAUACAUUUUUCUAGCCUCAGUGGUUCUUCUCUGGGUCUGCAGUGAUGGCAUCUGGCUCUGGGAGAUGUGACACACACAUAGUUUGGGAUUGUGCUUUAUUUCAGAUGCUCCCUGCACAGUGUAAGACAAUUUACUCAUUGAACUUGGGGUUGUUUUUUGUUUGUCGUGUCACAAACAGCUCAUUCUCUGGAGGGUUUUUAGAGGGCUCUGAAAUCCACUUGGAGUGAGUUAGAGAAUUCAGCUCAUUUCUACAAUAAAUCCCUUGUGGAUUUUCCAGGUGCCUAGGGAAUACACUGCUAUUCCCUCUCUAAUCAUUUAGCAAGACAGUUAGGACCAAACCAGGUAUUUCAUAAGCUGGGAGAAGAUGAAAGCUCAGCACUUGGCUUUAUUUAAGGAGCAUCCAUAGCACAUAUUGCCAGUAAAGAUUAUAAAGAUAAUUUUUAUCUUAGCCACAAGCAUAGUAUGAAUGGCUGGCUGUGCUUUGAGCUUGGUGAGAGGGCACUGCUGGGAGAGGGAAAGGGUUUUAAUAUGAGAAUAAUGGUUACACUGAGAGAAAAAAACCUGCUUUUGAAUUGACAGAUGCUAGGACGGAGUGUGGUGUGGCUGAGUCUGCUCCUCAGGCAGAACACACCCUGUUGAGAUGUUUCCCAGCUGCAGCUCACUUGAUAGAACUGUGCCCAGGUUGUCCUGCAGACUUGGUGUGGUGUUCUCCUGGUUGCACGAAGGCAUCUCCAGCUGAGCUGCUCCUCACAGGAUCACAGAAUGGUUGGGGCUGGAAGGGACCCCUGGAGAUCAUCUGGUCCAACCCCCCUGCUAGAGCAGGAUCCCCUAGAGCAGAUCCCACAGGAACACAUCCAGGUGGGUUUGGAAUGUCUCCAGGGGUGGAGACUCCUCUGAGCCCCCUUGACAAGUCAUCCCAUCUCCCUGUGAGGGCCACAUGAGCUCGGGUGCCUCACCCCCAGAUAGGUCCAUUUUUUGUCUCCUUUGAUGACCGUGGCACAGGCUGAGCUCUGCAGCUGGGCGGUGGGAGGCAAGGCCAGCCUGGGCCCUGCUGGAGCCUGGGGUCACUGGGCUGGCAGACCACACAUGGAUUCUUUUAUCCUGGAGUAUUCCUGUCCUGUCCCAGAACAUGUACCCAAGCACACCCAUCUGUGUGUGUCCUCUCCUGGAGCUCAGAGACCCCAGAGCGCUGUAAUGUCACCGGGACGGGCUCGGCCCUUCUGUUGGCUCAGGACGUGCUGUUCCUCCCUUGACAUGUUGACAUACAAAGUUUCUCUUGUAUCAAUAAAUUCUAAUGAUAACCUUGACAAAA